AUGGUUAUAAGCUGCAUGGUAAGAUCCGUGAUUCGUCUACAUCAACCGGCCAUUAUAACAACAUUUUGCAGAAGGGCGCAUAAUAUAAAGGGUCGAUUUUACACCAAGAAACAUGAAUGGGUCAGCGUGGACAGCGGCAUUGGUACUAUUGGAAUCUCGAAAUUUGCACAGGAAUCACUUGGCGAAGUGGUGUUUGCUCAGCUGCCAGAUGUUGGAAAAGAAGUGAGGUCGGGCGAAGAGUGCGGUGCCUUGGAGAGUGUCAAAGCAGCGGGCGAGGUUUAUUCACCCGUUUCCGGAACGGUCACAGAAAAGAAUGUGUCUGUCGAGUCGAGUCCAGCGCUGAUCAACAAGUCGUGCUACGAAGACGGUUGGCUGUUCAAGCUAAAACUCAGCAGUCCUAAUGAGCUGGAAGCGCUGAUGGACCAGAGCGCUUAUGAUGCAUACCUACAGGAGAACCACUGA